AUGGCCCUGCAGAACCUCAGCUGUCAUUAUAAUGAGUCCAUGGGUUUCUUCUACAGCAACAAAGGUGCUGAUGAUAAAUGGGACAAGACCCAGCUCAUCGUGGUGCAGGUGGUCGGCUCUUUAUUCUGCUGUUUCAUUCUGGUCUCCAACGCCAUGGUCAUAGCUGCUGUCAUCACCAACAAGAGGUUUCAUUACCCUUUCUACUAUCUUCUUGCCAACCUCGCCGCCUCGGACUUCCUGGCCGGCAUAGCGUACGUGUACCUCAUGUUUAACACGGGUGAGGUGUCACGGAAACUUACAGUUAGAGAAUACUUCAUCCGUCAGGGUCUUCUGGACAUAAGUCUCUCAGCCUCGCUGGCUAACCUGCUGGUAAUAGCUCUGGAGCGCUACAUCUCUGUCAUGAACUGGAAAGUCCACAGCAACCUGACAAAGAGGAGGGUGACCCUGCUGAUCGUGCUGGUGUGGGCCAUUUCCAUCUUCAUGGGGGCUGUGCCCAGUCUGGGCUGGAACUGUAUCUGCAACCUGAGUGACUGCUCCAAGCUGGCUCCCAUCUUCAGCAGGAGCUACCUGAUCUUCUGGUCUGCGUCCAACCUGGUGGUGUUCCUGGUGAUGGUGGCCAUCUACAUGAGGAUCUACGCCUACGUCAAGAAGAAGACGUCAAUGCUCAUGCCACACACCAGCGGCUCCAUCAACCGAAAGAGGACACCCAUCAAGCUCAUCAAGACGGUCAUGGUUGUGCUCGCAGACCCUCUCUGUCUGUGCGCACAUGUAUCCAUGCUUUUGGUGUUGUCGUGUGUGUGCUGUGGUGGAGUUAACUGCUGGCAUGAUCUGGACAACACAGAGUACGACUGUUGGCCGAUCAAUAGCCCAAAUGAUUUCAACAUGAUUAGCUGUGGUGGUCUGGAAAUGGCCUGGGUGCAGCGUCCUCCAGAGAAAGUAACCAAUGGGGAAGAGUUCAAUGUCUCAUACACGGUGACGGCUUCAGAUUCCUUCUACGAGUACACAGUCAGGAACAAGAUUUUCCAGUUCAGGUGAGUUACUGCUUCAGAGGCAAAGAGGUUCUGUCAUGAACACGAGUGCCCGGCAAACUGGAACAAUGCCAAUGAAAUGAACUGCUGUGUCUAUCACGCCAACAUCCACUCCUGUCCUCUCGGCCUCAUGAAACAAGGUGGAAUCUGUGGCCCGUGGAUUCCUGACGAUGGUAAAAUAGUGACUCACACUGUAUCCAAAGCAGGCAAGAUGUCCCAAAAAUACUGGACUUCAAAGGUGGUGCUGAUCCAUGUGGGAGUCACCUCAGUCAUCGCUCAUAUCAAAAUAGGACAGAUGCAUGCAGCCCUGGAGUCCAAAGUGCUUGUUGUCAGCGCUCAAGUGUGUGGGGAUGAUGUCUGCGAGCUGGAGGAGAACUGUCUGAACUGUCCUGCUGACUGUGGCAUCUGCCCGAUGUCCAUCACUAUCAAGGUGGCCAUCGGGCUCCCAGUUGCUCUGUUCAGCACCGGCUUCAUCUUAACUAUGGUGUGGCUCCAGUACCAGAAACAGAGGAUGUUUUGGGAUGAAAGCUGGAUCAUCAACUACAAGAGCAUAAUAUUUGGUAAAAUGUCUCACACCAGUAAAGCGUGCUACAUGGGCCUCGGCAGCACCACCAGUCUGCAACAUGUCAAGAGUAACUCCACCAUCAGUCAAUCUACUAAUGUGACUGUUUGUACUGGGGUCAACACCUCCAUCAAACAAGGCUUCAUCCAGCCAGGCAUCUAUGAUGGGAGGAUAGUGGCGGUGAAACACAUCCAGAAUAAACAUUUCACCCUCUGUAAAACCAUCAGGAAGGAGGUGAAAGAAGUUAGGCAACUGGACCACCCCAAUCUAUGCAAGUUCAUCGGUGGUUCCAUCGAGGUCCCCUAUGUCACCAUCAUCACAGAGCACUGCCCCAAAGGAAGCCUGUCUGAUGUUCUGCUGAAUGAUGACAUCCCCAUCAACUGGGGCUUCAGACUGUCCUUUGCCACAGACAUCAGCCGUGGGAUGUCUUAUCUUCAUCAGCACAAGAUGUUUCAUGGGAGACUUCACUCCAGAAACUGUGUUAUUGAUGAUCGCUGGGUGUGCAAAAUCUCAGAUUAUGGGCUCACAACCUACAGAAAGGAGGACUUUGAGGCCAUCAGCAAUGGCUUCAAUUGUGGGGAUGUAAAUCGUAUAUAUUGUGCCCCAGAGGUCCUGCUGGGAAGCAGCUCCAAUAUGACACCAACAGCAGAUGUCUACAGCUACUCCAUGAUUCUGGUUGAGAUUGCUACUCGCUCUGACCUCAUGUCAACUGAGGAAAUGAGGAUGGAUCUCAUGUGGCGCCCCCCUUUGCCUGAACUCAAAGCAGGGAAGGCAGAUACUGACUGCCCCAGUGAAGGAGACUACUGGGAGCUCAUUAAGAAGUGUUGGUCUCAUAACGUCACCAUGAGGCCCACGUUUGACCAGGUGAAGAAGAUGCUCGACAAAAUGAACCCACACAAAGUCAGCCCUGUGGACAUGAUGAUGAACCUGAUGGAGAAGUACAGCAAACAUCUGGAGGCCAUAGUUGCUGAGAGAACACAGGACCUUCUUCAAGAGAAACAGAAGACGGAUCGGCUGUUAUACAGUAUGUUACCAAAACCGGUGGCUGAUGACCUUCGUCAAGGUCGAACAACAGAGGCUCAGAGCUUCUCCAAAGCCACCGUCUACUUCAGUGAUAUUGUCGGCUUUACUCAGCUGUCUGGUGCCAGCACUCCCCACCAGGUCGUGAACUUUCUCAACCAGCUCUACACCACCUUCGAUGACAUUAUUGACAAUUAUGACGUUUACAAAGUGGAGACAAUAGGCGAUGCUUACAUGGUGGUCUCGGGGGUCCCUCAAGAAAAUGGCAUCAAUCAUGCUGGAGAGAUAGCCAGCAUGGCUCUUGAUCUGGUCAGUGUCUGCCACACUUUCGAGAUCCCUCACAAACCAAACACACAGCUGAAGAUACGCGCCGGCAUCCACUCAGGACCUGUUGUGGCUGGUGUGGUUGGCACCAAAAUGCCUCGCUACUGCCUAUUCGGGGACACUGUCAACACAGCGUCACGGAUGGAAUCAACAAGUGAAGCUCUGAAGAUCCAGGUGAGUGGUGCCACCGCUGACCUGCUUCACACACUAGGAGGUUACGUUCUGACAUGCAGAGGAACACUUAAUGUGAAGGGAAAAGGGGACAUGACAACAUGGUGGCUGGAGGCAAAGAGAGAUGAUCACACAGACCCACUGCUCAGAACAAAUGAAUCCAGAGCAGUCCCAGUGCCAGUUAGUGACUAGAUCUG